AUGCUCAACGCCGUCGCAGGUCUUCAACCGCGGCAACUCGCCGCACAAAUCCUCAAUUUCGCCCUCGUCCUCUCGACGGCAUUCAUGCUCUGGAAGGGCCUCUCCGUCGUGACCGACUCCUCCUCACCCAUCGUCGUAGUCCUCUCGGGAUCGAUGGAACCAGCAUUUCAGCGAGGAGAUUUAUUGUUCUUGUGGAAUCGAGGCAUGGAAACGCAGGUGGGCGAGGUGGUAGUGUACAGUGUCAAGGGAAAGGAUAUUCCGAUUGUGCAUCGGGUGGUGAGGAGGUUUGGGGGAGGGGCGAAACCAUUGCAGCUGUUGACCAAGGGGGAUAAUAACGCUGCAGAUGAUACGGAACUGUACGCGCGAGGACAGAGUUAUUUGGAGAGGAGUAAGGAUGUUAUUGGAAGUGUGGUGGCAUAUGUGCCUUUUGUGGGUUAUGUCACGAUUCUCCUGAGUGAAUAUCCCUGGUUGAAGACGGCCAUGUUGGUGUUUAUGGCUUUGACGGUGGUGUUACAACGAGAAUAA